AUGGCUACUGCUCAAGUCGUCACUCCCAAGCAAGUCGGUCCCUGGGCCAAGGCAGCAGACGUUGCAAGCAAUGUCAUGAAGCCUGCGCCGGCAGGAUUUGUUGCUGGAGAUCCCAAGGCUAUUGCCAGUCAGUUCAUCCUCAAUGACCAAGCUUUUGUCGAUUUGCAGCUUUAUAUCAGAGCUGCUCUGAUGCUUCCUGGGUCAAAUGUUCAAUUUGACAUGGAAUUUCCUGAGACCUUGUUCAGGGACUGGCUUGCAAAAGACAAGAAAGGUGAUCUGUACAAUCAAACCAAAAGCACGCUCGUAGAUAUCUUCGCUCGCUGCUACAACUUCCAGAACAACACGGUCGAUAGAAUGUUGGCAUUCACGGACAAGUUACUCAAAUUCUCGCUAACAGAGGACGAGCGUGUCGCUGCAAUUGCCAAGCAUCGACCAGUGGUCGAGGACGAAAACCUCGUGCUUUCGGACCCCAAGGUCAAAGCCGCAAUCGGCGCAAUUUGGAGUGCUUGUCAAGGGCUAAUCGCUGAUGCAUCAGCAGCUGAAGCUGAAGCAAGUAAGCUAGUGGAAGUUCUUAGGCAGUUUCAUACCGACACCGUAGUCGAUGCAACCAGGGUUGAAGAUAUACAGCGCAGAACCAAUGCUGUUUUUCCGUCGCCCGACGACAUCAGUCGGUCUGCAAGCACAGAGUAUCAGAAACUCCAUCUCCAGCUGAAGAAGAUGUAUGACGAUCAGCUUGAAGCUAGCCGAAGAAUCGCUGGCGCCCUAAUUUACAUCAACAGUAUUGGUUCUGUUAUGUACUGCAACGAUAAGCAGACAUGGGACAAAUUCGCUGAAAUCGAUCGAUCUCUGCAACAAACAUGGGGUCAGGCAGAGAAAGCGCAUCAAAAUGCGAUUCGGCUUUCAGCCAAGACCGACUCUUUGAAGACAAUGAUCAAGAGAAUCGGCGAUACUAUUAAUAAAGCGAUUAAUGCGCUCGACAAGAUCUGUAAGGACUUUGUAAGCUUCAAAGGCGAGCUCGAAUACAUACAGACGAAGAUCAAGGGUAUGAAGGGGGCCAUGGAGAUAGAGGUUGAGUGGCUUCGUGGACUGGCAUUUGCCGAGCUUGAUGCAGCCCGAAUCUCCUGGAACCAGGUCAGGAUUGCGGCUAGCUACUACAGAGAGCACGGUGUUCUCCUCAAGAACACUGACAAGGAGAAUCUGGAAGCACUGCAACGCCCUCCACCAGCUGGAGAAGAGGUAGAGCUUCUUGGCGCGACAUUUGGUGGUAUCAACGUGACCAAACUCGCCAUAUCUUUGUAUUCUCGUGGCACCUCCAUCGAGGUUCCGGGCGUCGUUCGUGAUUUCUCUGACCCAUGGAUGAAUGUCGAGAAGACGUACACCAUGCUCUAUCGCGUUGGUAGCGAACACCGCGUUUUUGCCAGCAAAGAGUACGCUGCUCAGGAGAGCUUCAUAUACACGUUUCGCAAGGAUUUCGGCAAAUCCACAGCCGGGUCCUCUCACCACAGUCGUGUCACGCCUCGACAAGCUCCCAAUGACUGUCCCAUUGAGAUCUUAGCGGUUAUCUGGGGUCCCGAGAAGCGAGACCAGCAGAGCGUCAUCGACUAUGUCUACCGCUGCGUCAAUAACGCGCCCGGUAUCGUGUGGAGCAAUGAGAAGCUUGGAGGUGACAGCUGGCCUCGCACACAGAAGACUGGUGUUAUCUAUUACCGCAGGAAGGGCACAGACAAGGUUCAGCUUCUUGUGGGACGCGAGAGGGAGGUAACCCAGUUCAACGCUUGA